AUGUUCCUUCAACGCACUGCCUCCGCCCUCGCGCGGCGCACUCCCGCUCGUGCCUUUGCUGUCGCUCGCCCAUUCUCCUCGUCCAUCGUGCGCAGCAACGCGAACAAGUGGACCCCUAAGGACGAGACCCCGAUCCGCCAAUUCGAUGAGAUCAAGUCUGAGGAUGACCUGAUUCCCCCCGGUGCCAAGGCCGGUACCAUCCCUACCGACUUCAGCCAGGCCACCGGUCUCGAGCGUCUGGAGCUCAUCGGAAAGAUGCAGGGCAUCGAUAUCUUUGACAUGCGUCCCCUGGACGCCUCCCGCAAGGGAACGAUCGACAACCCCAUCAUAGUCAACGGUGCCGGUGAUGAGCAAUACGCCGGUUGCACUGGCUACCCCGUCGACUCCCACCAGGUUAACUGGCUGACCGUCUCCCGCGAGCGCCCCAUUGAGCGCUGCACCGAGUGCGGCAACGUCGUUAAGCUGAACUACAUUGGACCUGAGGAGGACCCCCACGCUCACGAGCACGACCACGGUCACCACCACCCUCCCCACGAGGAGCCCAAGACCUUCGCCGACUACGUCAAGCCCGAGUACUGGUACCGGUAA